AAGAUCCGUCAGUGUGCUCUGUGUGUGAUGAUGGGAGUCAUCCCGUUGAGGGAAGUCCGUCCUGAAUAAUGGCAUCAAACAGUCAAAGUGAGGCAGAGGAGGAAGGCCUCCUUCUCCAGCACACACAGAGCGUGAUGUCAGCGCUAACAGUCCUGUUGUAAUUGACUUGGUGGGGGUGAUGGCGUCAUUUCAUGCCCUGCUGUAGCCUCCUGCUCCAAUAGCGAAGGGGAGACGGAUCUUUGGCCGACGCGACCGUGGCUCCCUUGGCCGGGAUCGAGCACCGCCGAGCCGGACACUUGACGCCGGGAAACAUGGAGGCUGCGGCCGAGCAGCUGCGGGCCGGCUCUCGGUUACCUGUCACUAUCGAUCAAAUAGUUAACGAUACACUGGUGGUGACGCUGACCUACCGGGAGAGGAGCUACACGGGGAUAUUACUCGACAGCGACAAAAAGACCGGGCUUUUCUGUCUGCCAGAGUUUACAGCCAAACCAGAGGACUGCCUGAAAUCUAAACCAGCUUGUGAAAUCCCAGAAGUCCUGGGUGAGGAGCCGAUUUCCAAAUCUCCGAGCCAGGCGUCACACACACCAAAGGAUGAAAACACGCUCCCUGAAAGCGGCGUACCUGCUGCUCCUCCUCCUCCCUGCCCCGUUCCUACACCAGUGCCAGCUGGACAGACGCCUUACCCUCCUUAUUUUGAAGGAGCCCCCUUCCCUCAGCCCUUAUGGGUGCGCCACAGCUACAGCCAAUGGGUACCUCAGCCACCGCCCCGACCAAUCAAGAGAAAGAAGAGGCGAUCGCGAGAGCCCGGCCGCAUGACCAUGAGCACGAUCCGUCUGCGGCCGCGACAGGUUCUGUGUGAAAAGUGCAAAAACACUCUGAACAGUGACGAGGACAGCAAAGACGGCCUGAGCAACAACUCAAAGACUUCUAGAAAAGAGAAUUCACUACACAGCGAUGACGACGGGGAAGAUAAAGAAACCCCCGCAAAGCUUUCGAGAAAAGAGGACGGCGUUGCUGCGAGAGACACCAAAAGACGUGAAAACGGCGCCAACCUGGACAACAAACGACUCAGGAAGGACAAACGGGGGGAGUCUGAGGGGGAGAAGUUCCCCGGAGGUGACAUUAUCCCCCACAGUCCGGUCAUAAAGAUCUCCUACAGCACUCCGCAGGGUAAGGGGGAGGUGAUGAAGAUCCCCGCUAGAGUCCACGGCUCAGUUAAACCCUUUUGCCCCAAACAGCUGGUGCAGAACGGCGUGGGAGAGAACGGCAAAACGCCGUCUGAUCCCACCAAGGAGCAACGGCACAUACUAGACGCAACAAGGUCCGGCCUCACCGUGUCCAUUCCUAAACUUAAACUCACCCGGCCUUUCACCACCGUGGGUCAGGACUUACCUUCUCCAAAGAUUCGCUUGACUCCCCCGUCGAGGGAGGGGGAGGAGAGUGCGGUGGAGUACGAGGCCGAACUCGUCGGAGGCACAAGGAGGCGGAGCCCCAGGGUGCCGGGUCCCUGCCUCCCCCACUCGGAGGACUCAGGGGAGGGUAAGAACUCUCUGGAGUUGUGGUCGGGAAGUUCAGGUGAGGAGGCGGAGCGUGGACACAGUGACCUCACACUCCUCAUCAAUUUCCGUAAGCGUAAAGCGGAUUCUUCGAGUCUGUCGGUCUGCAGCAGCGACAGCCUAGACGAGUCCAAGUCCUUCAGCUCUGACGGCACGUCCCCGGAGCUGUGUGACCUGGCCCCCGGGGAGGACCUGUCUGUGACGUCAUCUUCUGUCCCGUCGCGGGAGGACUGUAAGACGGUGCCGCCUCUCACAGUGCGGCUUCACACCCGCAGCAUGACAAAGUGUGUAACAGAGGAGGGUCACGCGGUGGCGGUGGGCGACGUCGUGUGGGGGAAGAUUCACGGCUUCCCCUGGUGGCCGGCGCGCGUCCUCAGUAUUAGCGGCACGCACAAGCAGGAGACGGCGAGCUGCGAGGCCCAGUGGCCCCAGGCCAAGGUGGCGUGGUUCGGCUCGCCGACGACCUCCCAGCUUUCUGUUGCCAAACUGUCGCCCUUCAGAGAGUUCUUCAGGUCCCGCUUCAACAGGAAGAAGAAGGGAAUGUAUCGGAGAGCCAUCCUGGAGGCCGCCAAGGCCGUGGGUCACAUGAGCCCCGAGAUCACAUCGCUGCUUUCACACAGCGACACGUAGACGCUGAGGAUCGACUGGUGGACUCUUUUCUUUUUUUUUUUUUCUUCGUCUUCUCUGAAUCCUCAGACUCUGUCAUCCAGACCCAGGAGGGAGUACGUGAGGUUGCCACGGCUACUCUUUAAACGCCGAUUUUCUUUUUUCUUUCUUCCACAUGGCUGGUGGUGGAAGUAGCCGCCAAGGUGGAGCGUCUCUGAGACUGGAUAAGGGAGCAAAAAAAGGCCAAGCGCCACGUGGUCUAUAGAACUCUUCCUCUUUUUUUAUUUGUUAGAUUUAAUCAUAUUUCAAUAGAGCCGACACUACAAGGACCCAAAUGUAUUUAUUAUCUGUUCUGGUUUAAUAUGAACUUGUCUGCUACAAUCUCACAAAACCUCCCGGUCUGCUGCUGUCUUUAUCGCGGCCCUCGCCGCCGCUGAUGUGUUCACUGCGAGGUUGUCUGGCCACAGGAAGCCGCUGGCAUCUUCCCCGACCCCACCCUUCCCCUGGACAUGAGACCCUUUUUCCGGAGGUUUAAAAAGUCUUACCAUGAACCCUCUUAAUUAUGAAACUGUGAACGGCUCCAUCUGACUGUUCAAGCUCCCUAGCGAUCAGUGUUUCCAUCCUCGUCGCCUUCUGUCUCAUCUGUGGAUGUAUUUAUACUGAGCUCCUUUUCCUCUCCAGAAUCAUCUUGUGUCUCUUUUCAUUUCAUUUUUUACCCCUUAGGAGUAACAUCAUGACAGCCAACGUCCCCCUAGUUCAUCCCGAGAAUCCUUUCUUUCCAUCACUUUACUUAUUUAAUGCGUCACGUUUAAGAAAAAAAAGCACUUUAUCUGUACCUUUGGUGGCCUGCUGUAAGCUCCCCGUCUGAAACACUAUUGUGAGAUUACAGCCCUAACAGGCAGCAGGGGAGUUCACAAGUCUUUGUGGUUGACUAUCCAUGGCCUUGGAGAUACAAAAAAAAAAAAAACCUUUUUAUUUUAUGUUAUUAUAGGAUUUUGGGGGGCACCAGACACGGAUGGUUGUGUACACUGUAUUCUGCAUUUGGUGUGUUCCUCUCACUCACUACAAAAAUCCACGUUUAAAGGGGAAUUCUCAUAUUUUCUAAUCACUGACCUCGAUUUAUUUGCAUACUUAAGAGUCGACUCAAAGGUUGACUUACAGGUUGAAAGUUUUGGAAUUGGUCCAGAAGAAUUUCUCAGCCUGCAGCAGUGAAACCCUAAAUGUUUUUGUCCCUAACAGGCUCUUGACCUUUUUUUGGGGAAUAUGAUUAUUUUAAAGGUUACAUAUUAUGCAAAAUACUCUUCACCAUGUUUUCUUUAACUCUAAUGUGUCUCUAGUCCAUCUACAAAUCCCCCAAAGAUGAGAAAAGUCCACCCUCUCCAUCUUCUGCCUGCUCCACUUUUCAGAAAAUGUGUGACAGCUCUACCAAACUCCAUUGACAAAUUCUGUGAUUUUAACUUGCAGAAAACACAAAUUGUUGGCCAGUAUCUGCCUUCAGUGAUUACUUCUUUGUGAUUCGCCGAUUAAAGUAAAGUUCUUUAAACAUUGAACAAAAGGACGUACCAAAUGAAUACGUUAAAGCAUCCGUCAGCAAGCAUCUUUAGUUUUCGGUCGGAUAAAAUGACUGUUUUUGUGGAUGGAGUUUGGUGGCUUUUGAAAACUGGGACAUCGAGGUUCAAAACAAUCAUCUUCUUCCCUAACAUAAAGGUCUGUCUCUGUAGGGAACCUUUCUGUAAUAUCAUUAUACAUUUAGAAUAACAACAUGAGCCUGUCAGUGACGAGAAAAACAUCUUUUAGUGGGUUGUUUUUAUUGAUAAAAGAUUACGUAGCAGCCAUUACAGCCUGUUUCACUACUGCAGCCUUAAGAAAUCCUCUGGAGCCAUUCCAAACCUCUUGAACGUUUUAGUUAAUGAGUUGCCCAAAACAUUUUUUUUUUUUUUAAAGGGGGUUGUUCUUUGUUUAAAAAAUACUUGAAUUCCCGUUUAAAAUUUCCACUGGAGAAACCCAGGUGAUCAGUCGUGUCGGAGCCCCUUCUGCAUCAUCAGUCAAAGCUUUAUGAGUGACAUUUGGUAGAACAUGAAAUUGAACAACAUGCUGUAAGAAAACUGUGAAUUCAGCGGCUCAGUGUGCCGAACAGAAGCUCUCCGCUCGUCACAGGCUGCAGUUAUUGAGUCAUCGGGCUGAAGCAGACUGUAAUGCCGACCUUUAGUGACCUUUGUGUUGAAAGCAGCACUGUUUGCAUAGGGGGAGGGGGGCAGCAGUGAAGGUAGGAGACCACAUGGAGGUCUGUAUUAAAAAAAAACGUACUAAAGAUUGCACACAGCCGGCCAGCCGUGUCCUCUGCCUGUCUGGGAACAUGACGUUCAGUUUGAGGCUCAAUGAGAGGAGUGUGUUUAUCGAGGGGGGAGGGGGAGGUGGUUUGGGGUGGGGGCAGGUAACACACACCUGUUCUGAUAAUCUUUGGUUUGACUGUUUGCUGUCGAGCUCGGCUAGAUUCCAGGCAGCCUUACACAUCGAGGAGUGGGAGAGUUAUAAACGUACGAAUGCCUGAGAAAGAAAUAACGUUGUCAGGAUUUCCUGUGCGCGAGCAACACGGCGCUCUACUGUUGCCCACGUUGGUCAAUGUUAUUGGCAAUUUAUUUUUUUGUUUUCUUUUUUACAUGUACUGUACAUAAAAUAAAAUAUAAAGCAAUAA